AACGGCUGAUCCAUACACAAAUGUCAGAGUUGUUUGGUGAUUCGUAAAUUUAGCGUUGAAUAAAAAUAAACAAAUGUGAAAAGAAUGAAAAGCAACAAAAAAUGUGUGACAUUAAUCACGCGUACGUAAAAUUGUUUCGAGGGCAAAGUAAUCAAUCUUCCAUCGCUUAUUCGUAUCUGGACUUUAUUAAUACAAGUCAUGGUACAAACAUAACCUCUACGAUGUUUACACGAAAGUUUUGAUUAGUGUGAAAUUCCUAGAACUUGAAAUAGGUAAAAACAUUAUCCUGAAAGCACAAAAAAAGAGCAACAAUGAAACGCAAGCCAAGAUUUUCGUCGACCGAUGCAACAGCCCCAAAGAAACAUCAUUGGGCAACUGGUUUGCUUGUUUCUAUGGAGGAUCCUCAACUGAAAGUAAAGGAAGAUGAUAAAAUCGUUGUCAUUAAGGACAAAUAUCCAAAAGCCCAAUUUCAUUACCUGAUCUUACCAAAAGCUGAUAUCCCGUCAUUAUGGCACGUUAAAAUGGAAAAUGAAGAUUUAUUGUUUCAUAUGGAUAGGAUCGCCAAUGAAUUAAUUAAAGAGCACAAGGAUUCUGAAUUCUUCAUUGGAUAUCAUGCUGUACCCAGCAUGCAUCGGCUACACUUACAUGUAAUAAGUACCGACUUUAAUAGUCCGUGUCUAAAAACAAAAUAUCACUGGAAUUCGUUUACAACUCCUUUCUUUUUACACUCGAAAGAUGUUUGUAACCAAUUGCGCGAGAAAGGUGAACUUAAAAGAUUGAAGUCCGAGGACAGUGCCGAACAUUUGAAUACUCCGCUGAAAUGUCACAGAUGUUCAGCUACUCCAAAGAAUAUGCCUGAUUUGAAACGACACCUGUUGGUUCAUUUAUCGGAUCGAAAGAACAUUAAUAUGGAUUAGUAUAACAAACAUCAAUUUAAUACACAGGUUGAUUCGAAUAAGAAUCAAUAAUGUAUCCAACCAUUUAGAUGCGUGUUUUUAUCCCAAGAUUUCGCUGAUUAUAAAUGAAUUUAGUAAUAGAUAUAUUCUUGUGAAUUUUGAAUUAAUAUUAAAUGUAAAAUGCUGAAGAUUUACGGUAUUACUUAUUGACAAAGUUAUAACAUCAGAAUACUAAAUAUUAUGUAAUUAGCAGUGUAUAUUAAUACACGAUUCUGUACAUA